AUGCCGAGCUACUCAGACAAGCGAAUUCAUGCCACCGUUUCGGAGCUGAAGUUAAAGUUUCUGAGGACCUUUAAUGUUGUCGCUGAAGACGACGUCGAGUGGCUUCUUUUCACCUUCGCCCCCGGCCGUGUGAACUUCUUUGGUGAGCAUGUGGACUACAUGGGCGGGUAUGUGUGUCCCGCCGCCCUCAAGGAGGGCUGCCACAUUCUUGUUGGCCGUGUUCGACACCUCUGCGACGGGAAGUUACGCUUUGCGACAGAAGACGAUGAAUGUUUUGUCCUUGAUCGUCUUGGGCAGGCGAAACACGACAAGAAUUGGAGGACUUUUGUUCGUGGUGCGGCUACAUUGGCGCUGAACGACCUUGGCAUGCCCAUCGACGCUCCAGAGCUGCAGGGCUUCUGCGCCAUCUCGAAGGGAACUCUGCCUAUGGGGUCCGGCAUGAGUGCUUCCGCAUCCUUUGAUGUGGCCCUUUUGAAUGCCAUCACGACCGUGGCAACGCGGCGAUACCGUGGGAAGUGCUACGUGCCUGGAACCCGGUUUCCGAUUCUCCCUCCCUGCAGCAGGGAGGAAAGGAUUAAAUUGACAAAACAGGCACAUCGCAUUGAGACAGAAUUCUGUGGAGUCAAUGUAGGUAUCAUGGAUCAAUUUUCGGCCAUUCACGCCACGGAGGGCUCAUUCAUGGCAUUGGACUGUGAUUCCCUAACGUUUGAGUCCCACCCAUUGUCCUACCUGCUUGGAGACUCCGCCUGCUUCCUUUUGAUAAAUUCCAUGAUUCGUCAUGAAUUGACGGGCUCGACAGCUGGUGGGUAUAACACACUACGCUCAGAUGCUGAAGGUGCACAGGCGGUUGUAAAGAAACAUAAGAUGAAUAAUGCGGCAUUUACUUUCCGCGAUCUUGCAAGAAAUCCCAAGAAGUUCACAAAAGAAGAUCCAGUGGCAUUUGUGGAGUCCUGCAGACCGCAUUUUACCCCUGGCCAGUACGACCGUGGCAUCUUUAACAUUGCCGAGCAAAUCCGCACCCUUCAGUUUAUUGAGCUUUGUCGACCUGAGUGUCCUUUGAGCCAGGAGGAGCGUUUUCGAAAGGCCGGCGAGCUACUGAAUGCAACCCAUCAAGGACAGCGUGAUCUUUUGAAGAUAUCCACCGAGGAAUUGAAUUUUAUUCAUCGGGCCAUUAAUCUUGAAGAGGGCGUGAGCGGAGGACGAUUGAUGGGCGGUGGCUUUGGCGGAUGUAUUCUCCUUCUUCUUAAAAAGAAUGCCGUGGAAAGCGUUGUGAAAAACGUGCAGGAAAAGUUUAAGUCCAGGUUUGGUCUUGUCUGCGAUGUGUACCCAGUGGUUCUUGGCGACGGUGCCUUUGUUGCUUCUCUCUGGCAGGGUGUUAAAGGAAAGCUAUGA